AUGGCUUCCUCCGUAGAUACUCCCAUUAUUGAAAAGAAAAAGCCCAAGUAUAUCCUAAUCACUCAUGGUGAUUCUUAUUUGGGUCAUACCUUAGCCAUCUAUCUUACAGAACAAAUUUACAAGCAUGACACAAAGAAGCAUUGGUUCGUAAGAGUCAUUUGUAAGGAAAAGACUCAGUACAAGGAAGAGUACGAAAAAAGAAAUAUUGACGUGAAGGAAGUUGAUUACGAAAGUCAACCUAUGAUUCGGGAAGCCAUGAAGGGACACGUUAAAACCAUGAUUUUUAAUCCUUUUACACAUGAUGAUCGUCUUAUUAUGCAAGGCUUGAAUGUGUUGGAAGCUGCUCGUGAAGAAAUGAUAUCUUUCAUGAUCACGAUCUCUUCCUUUGGCGUCACGACUGCAAGACCAGAUACUGGCUCACCCAUGUGCCAAUUCUUGGCAAUUGAACAGAAGCUUAAAGAAUUUAACACGUUUGGCAAAUGGAUCAUCUUCCGUAUCCCUUUCAUCCAGCAAUACCUACACUUUUGGUCCAAAAUGGUUGAAGACAGACGCAUUCUGGGUAUGCCUAUAUCUCAAACCGACAGUUUGGAGACUGUCCAUAUCAAGGACAUUUGCGCAAGCGUAGCUCAAGCUGCCUUAUCCAAAAAGGCCAUGGUAUGGGGAACCAAGUACCCACAAAAACGAGUUUACGAAUUAAGAAGCGCACCUUCUCUUACCCUUUAUAACAUGGCCAAGUCAUUAUCUGAGUCGCUCAAAGAAGAUGGACAGGCACCCGAAAUUCAUUCUGCAGUCGUCACUGAGGAGCAGAUGGAACAUUACCUAAAGAUGCUCGCUUCUGGCUCUAGUGUUGCUAAAAUGCAUCGUAUUCUCGGCCCAAUGUCCCUUGGAGUCUGCAUUGACAGCUACAAGCCUGGUUUACUCUACAAUGUCUAUCAUGGAGUCGGAAGAAUUCUAUUUUCAGCCGCUUUGAAGGAAGAAGAUGACCCUCGAUGGUAUCCUUGCCCUGCUAAUGCCUUGACGCCCUUCUGUAUUCAAUUAAUCAUGGAUCAUUUCAAAACGGCUCGCAAUCCCGAAUGGUCACCUGUCGUGGACAACCCAACCGACAUUCGAGACCUUACUGGAAAUGAUCCUAUACCUGUUUCAAGAUUCUUUAUGAAUAACCGCCGCCAAUUCAGAGGUAAUCACUAA